GCGCAGGUGCGGCACCUGCUCUCCGGUCGCACUAGACAAGAUGUCCACAGUAAGGCAUUGCUGAGGCAGAGAGGGGACAAGGAAAGGAGCGGAAGAUGGUAGUCAACGCCACGCAGCGACUCCUUUCCUGAGCAGAGCAUCAAGACAGCAGGCGGAGGAGAGAGAAGGAAUGAGCCAGCAACAAAGAAACAACAGACAAAUAUGAAUCAUGAUUCGUGCCGGGUGCUGCUGUUUUUUGGCUCUGAUUCUGAGCUCCAUCCUCCAGAUUUUUGGUGCAACGGUUCUGCAUUUGAGCGGUGCUGAUGAGGGCUCAUCGUUUGCGGAUGCUGGUGCAGCGCUGAACCACACCAGCAACACGACUCAGCAAGAAAUAACGUGGCCUUUACGCUUGAUCUAUUACGUUCAUGAUGACAACGAGAGCACUUACCACAUCCUGGAUACCAAAGCCAGGAACCAGCAAAAAGAUGACCAGGCUGUACAUCUUACUCAUGCGAGCUUCCAGAUCGAGGCCUUCGACACCACCUUUAUCCUAGAUAUUACACUGAACAAUAAUCUCCUGUCCUCUGAUUACAAGGAAAUACAUUAUGAAAAGCAAAAGGUUUUUCUUUCAAAGGGGGGUGAGCACUGUUACUAUCACGGGGAGAUACGGGGGAACGCAGGGUCCAAAGUCGCUCUGGCCACUUGCGAUGGGCUACGUGGCAUAUUUGAAGAUGGCAAAUACUUGUAUAUCAUUGAGCCAUUGACACAGACGCAUACCCAGGAGAAUUUGUCAAGGCCACACACGAUUCGUCAGAUGCCAGUAGGAUUGAAGGACAAGCUUCCACACAUGAGUAAUUCCAGCAAUCUAAAGAAGGCCAGCGCUCCUUGGUCUCGACUAGUGGACUUUCCCUGGUUCCGGCCACGAAGGAGAAGGAGAGCGGCCCGUCGCCGGAAUGUCUUCUCUGAAGUGAAAUACCUGGAACUCAUGAUCAUAAACGACCACAAGAUGUACAAGAAACGGCAAUCCUCCCGGAUUCAUACCAACAUCUUCGGCAAGUCUGUUGUUAACUUUUUGGACUCUAUCUUCAAGGAGCAGCUGAACACCAGGGUGGUGCUGGUCGCCAUGGAGACGUGGUCGGACAAGGACCGGAUUGACGUGGGCCAGGACCAGGCGAAGACCCUGCGCAGCUUCUCCAAGUACAGGCAGCAGUUUGUGAAGGAGCAUGCCGACUCGGUCCAACUGCUCUCAGGCACCACGUUUAGAAGCAGCAUGAGCAGCAUGGCGUUCUUCGGAGGGGUUUGCUCACUGACUCGAGGAGUAGGAGUGAAUGAGUUUGGACCAAUGUGGUUGACCACUGUUGUACUCGGGCAGAGUCUUGCACAGAAUUUGGGUAUACAGUGGGAGUCCGAGUCCAAGAGAAAAAAGGAAUGCGAGUGUCCAGGCUCCUGGGCGGGAUGCAUCAUGGAAGACACUGGGUUUUACCAUGUCCGCAAGUUCUCCAGAUGCAGCAUAAUGGAAUACAAAGAGUUUCUACAGAGAGGCGGGGGAGCUUGUCUCUUCAACAGACCAACAAAGCUCUAUGAAACCACGGAGUGUGGCAAUGGAUACGUGGAGUCCGGGGAAGAAUGUGACUGCGGACUGCGAAUGGAAUGCUACGGGACCUGUUGUAAGAAGUGCUCACUUGCCAAUGGUGCCCACUGCAGUGAUGGGCCCUGCUGCAAUCACACUUGCCAGUUCCUGAAGCGAGGUUACGACUGCCGAGAUCCUGUGAACGAUUGUGAUAUACCAGAGUACUGCACUGGAGACUCAGGCCAGUGCCCUCCUAACCUCCACAAGCAGGACGGGUAUGCUUGUGACAUGAACCGGGGCCACUGUUUCAACGGGGAGUGUAAAACCAGAGACAAUCAAUGCAAGAUGAUUUGGGGCUCAAAGGCCCUGGGGUCGGAUAAACUCUGCUACGAGAAGCUGAACACCGAAGGCACGGAGAAAGGGAACUGUGGGAAGGAGGGCGAUAAGUGGCUGCAGUGCAGUAAGCAUGACGUAUUCUGUGGCUAUCUUCUCUGUACCAGUGUUAGCCGGGUCCCAAGGAUUGGUCGCAUUGUCGGUGAGGUCACUCCCAUCUCCCUCUAUCACCAGGGCAGGCUGGUGGACUGUAGUGGAAGUCACAUCAUUAUGGAUGAUGGGACAGACCUGGGCUACGUUGAAGAUGGUACUCCCUGCGGACCAUCCAUGAUGUGCUUGGACAGGAAAUGCCAACCCAUCCAGUCGUUCAACAUCAGUAAUUGUCCAAGUGGAUCACCAACAAAGAUAUGCUCUGGACACGGGCUUUGCAGUAACGAGGGAACGUGCAUCUGUGAGGGCACCUGGGCAGGAACAGACUGCAGCAUGUACGACCCCAAGCGUCAAGAAACUGAGAAGCCGCCUGAGGGCCCCAAGGAAAUGUCAAGAAGAGAAGAUAUGACCCCAGCCAGGCUGGUGCGAUAUGAAGAGAGACCAAGCGCCACCUCCUGGACUCUGCCCCUUUGGAUUCUGGGUACGACUACUGAGCAUAAACUGUCAUGGCUUGGCGCACAGGAAUGCAGGGCCAGUACACAGUGUUGUCUCAUAACUUGCACUCCACUUGUGACGAGGGGAGGUGGAAACAAACUCGGCAGCCAGAGCGUGGCCCUUUUUCUCUCAAUUCUUCCCCAGCUGACCACCCCUCGCCACCAACCUCCACAGAUCUCUUGGGAGGGUGAGGUGGGGAAGGGGUGGGCUCCAAGUACUUUCUUGGUCAGAGUAUAGUUGAGGAAAACUGGACUUCCUCCACACCUCCUGGAAGCCUGCUGUGACACUAAGGAGGCUGGUGACCAUAAACUCAACAUUGCCCGAGAUCUUGCAGCGCAUGGGGUUCCUUUUCCUUUUUACUUUGGUUCCCGGAGCAGGCAACGCUCUUCCACACGCUUGGUAUUCUCUUUCCAACGGUACCAGCGUGGAAGUGAAACAAAUAAAACACACACACAAAAAACAAAAUCAGAGGGAAGGAGUUAGCGUUGCGGCACCUGUCGACAGAAGUCUUCACAGCACAUUUUGUAUUUCCAUGGAAGCUUAAACGGUCGCUAUCUCCAUCCAAUCUCAGGUUCAUCUCAGCAGUUUGUGAGCUGCCACAGAUUUAUUUUCUAUCUGGUUUAUAACUGGGGCAGCAAUAGGACACUCUGUCAAAGGGAAAUGAUAUAGGUUGUAUAGAUUUUCUCACUGCUGUGUAUUUAGUGUCAGUCUAUAAGCAGGUGUUUUUUUUUAAUGCUUGGUCAUUAUUCCAGGUGAAUGUCAACUCCCUUACUUCAUGCUGAAUGACUACAACUUUAUAUAUGGGGUUUCACUGAAGCUUUAUCCCACCCACAGCGUGUUACGUAUUCUGCCUGGAUCAGCUUAAAAGAGGUUGCCAGUCCUCUUUGGAAAACUGAGGAAGUAAUGUACUGACACUCAAUUGUGAAUGCCCAAUAAUACAGGUUGCUAGAUCAUUUUAGUUCUGCUGUGAUGUUUCUGGAACCAAAAAAAAAUGCAGCUCCUUUAAUCGAUGGAAAAAUUAUUUACUUACACUAUGUACAGUACAAGGAAAAUGUAAGUAAAUUGUUGAUGUAUCCCUCUUCUAUUUCAUUCUGCCUUCAUAAGAACUGCAAGCCUGGAUUAGUCAAUGACAUUUCAUGCUCCCAUUGGACUGUGCGUGACCCAAUAGUUUUCUGUUCACUUUCUGAGCACAUCACACUGCACUAUGCACGGUAAGGCAUCUCUAUGGCAUGGGUGUCAAUUAGUACUGUUGGGUGCCAGUGGAAAGGAAGAGUAGCCAUUGAACUUAAAAAAAAAAUCAAAAGUGAAUAUUGUUUAGUUUUAUUCCGUUGCUGUCAGUAGAAAGGCCGCAGAUGGUGGGGGAUUGGCAAGUGCAGUGACGUUGCAGAAUAACCAUCUCUCCAUCGGGAUCUGUCCUCUCUUUUAUGUUUCCAGUUCAAACUCAAAAAUGUACUCUCCCUUUAAGCAACUUUGGUAAUUAACUCAGGGUGCUCGGAACUGAACAGACAGGAUUUGCACACUGGCAAUGCUGUCAGGUAGUGUCUCAUUAGAUUAAGCGAUGCUCUUGUUAUUGUAUGCGGCUGUAUUGUAUCCAUGUCGGAAAUCACCAGUGGAGCUCUUCCAGAGUCAGUGUACACUGUAGCUAGAGUAGUUGCUGCCCAGCUGAUAGAUUUUUGCCUCCAAUUUGAGUCAUCCCAGUCCUAAACCAGGGUUUGACAAGAGCUGUGUUACAGAGAGUAUCUCACGUCCCACUUGGGACGCAGAGAGUCGAGGGCUGAGUGUGAAUGCAAAAUGGACAAGCUCCAUAUCCUUCCUCCAGCGCAGCCAUUAACCAGCCUUCUUAAAGGGACAGGCACUCACCAAAUCAGAGUCUUCGUGGAUGUGAUAAGUAUUUCAGUCUAGAAUGUAAAGUGUGGUUUAAAAAUGUAGGACAUAUUAGAGAAUAUUAGUUCUAUGUAUGAACAGAAGUGCUAAAGCCAUCUUUGAUUACUCAUUCUGGUUUGAUGUAGUGUGAACGAUUCUAUUGAACUGCUGCAAUCUGUGGGCUGGGAGCCCUUCUUGGGAAGUUCCUGGAUAUUGAGCCAGGAACAGGAAAAUGAUGAUGAUCUCUUAAUGUAUCAGUUUGUUGUGGGACUGGAAGAGAUGAUCUUCCCACAUGUCUGCUGCCCUUGUCCUGCUGAAUGGUGGAAGUCAUGGAACCAGGAAAUGCUAGUAAAGAGACUGGGUGAAUCCUGCAAGUGCUAGGAGCCAGUGUGUGCCAGUGACGGAGGGUGCACUGUUACCAGAACUUUAGAGCUGAAUGAGAUAGGGUUGUGUUUCUGCUGCAGAUGACAACAGCAGUCUGUCCCUUGGCAAACCAUUAAUCAGGCCAACUUGCCACAUUAGUGAGAUAAACCCAGUGAUUGACUGUCCCAAUCAUCAUGCCUAGUCCUGAAAGCAAGCAGAGGAAGAAACCAAUUCUCCUUGCCAAGAACAUUUGGACAACUUCACCCAAACCAGUGAAAAGUAUCCUUAGAUGAUGCUCCAUUGUGUUUCCAAGCCAUUACAAGGCUAUUUACUCCAGAGCUGCCCCAGUUUUCUUAGGGGGUUUGCAUCCUGAACUCUGCUCAGCAAACUGCCCCAAAUCCCCUACCAGUCCCCCAGCAAUUUUGUGACACCCAGCUUCAGGUGACACAAUUGUCUGACACUUGACUGUCAGUCAUACCAUCUUUGCCAUCAACAUUUUCUUAACUAAUUGAAAAACAAGUAUUAUUUUUAAAUGUCUAUAAGAAUUUUUGUUUUUUCCCCUUUCUCCUGAGUUGCACCUGGCACCGCAAUGAAGUUGAAUCUUCAUUUCUGAGGAACUCUGGGGCAAUUGUGGAGGGUUGGGCGGUCCAAGGUCCCUCUCUGUGGCUUGGUAACCUCAAGAAAAUGGGAUCACUCAGCAUGCAACCUACUGAGGUCAGAGUGGCCUAGAUAGUAUCUGCACCUUGCCAUCUGAACGGGCACCUGCCUUGCCCACCAUACCUCCCCCUAUACAGCUGCUGCUUCUGUAAUAUAUAUAAACAUUAGUCAUUCUAGCGAUGACAAAAACCCUGGCUAUUACUGGGAUGCUGCAUGUAGUAACAUAAUGAAGCUUGGAUCAUCUGCGUUGAGAAAUUCAAGAAUAAUCUCAGCAGGACUAUGCUGACAGAUGCAUGGGGAAAGAAGGAAAGAUUAACAACUACAUUUUUUUUUAUUUACUAUGCAAAAAUGUGUAUUGCACACACCUAUCCACAUAGAAAACAUGGUAUGAACUGAACUGCUAUAUACUUGAAAAUCGUGAAGGAAAUGUUUUUUAUAUACAAUUAUUAAUGAGAUGCCAUGAAUUGAAUGUCUGAAUCAAUCUUUAGUAAGAUGACAGCACCGGGUUUAUUUUCAUUAAAGAUCACCAUACUAAAAGAGAAAAAAAUGAUAUGGCUAAUUUAUGUUCAGUGUUGAUAUUUCUCUGUGUAAGAUCGCCAAUCUGGCCAUGGAGGAGAUCGCCUGUAAAUGCAAAAGACAUUAAAAUUUAAUAGUGUCCAAUUAACACUGGUUGACAAGCUUCGUACCGGUGAGUUCGGUGUAUGGGGGUGGGUGGGGGAGGAAAGGGAGAAAAUGACUGGGUGAUUUCGAUACACUCUCUGCUGCAAGGUAUAUAGGACCGCAAUAAAUCUUUGUCCAUGUGUUAAGUACCUUAAAGAGACUACAUGUCUGCACCACAUCUCGUUCCAUGGCAAAAAAAAACCAA